UGGCGUCACUUCCGGCCGGGCCCCAGCUGGCGGCGGCGGCGGUGGCCGAGCGGGCGAGAGGCCGAGGGGACCCGGCAGCGGAGCGUGAGGACCAGACACCCCCGCGAUGACCAGUUCCCCCGUCUCCAGAGUCGUCUACAACGGCAAGAGGAACAGUAGCCCCCGCUCUCCCCCCAGCAGCAGCGAGAUCUUCACCCCAGCCCACGAGGAGAAUGUGCGCUUCAUUUAUGAAGCCUGGCAGGGAGUGGAGCGAGACCUGCGGAGCCAGAUGUCGGGCAGCGAGCGGGGCCUGGUGGAGGAGUACGUGGAGAAGGUCCCCAACCCCAGUCUGAAGACCUUCAAGCCCAUCGACCUGGGUGACCUGAAGCGCCGGAGCACGCCUGACGCCAAGAAGUCCUGAAGCCGGUGUUCCCUCCCCACCCCCCCACCCCCCUGCCUCUGGGAGAACCGGGUGCCACCCGAUGUUGGUCUCCCGUGGGCUCAGUUCCUGGGAGGGGGAGGGGCCGUGUGCCCAGGGGGCUGUCAACCCCAGGACCGGGAGGGGCACGAUUGGUGGCCAAGGCCUGCCCUUCCUCCCUGAGCCCCCUCCUUUCCUCCUAGGGGGUCUCGAGCUGCCCCUGCCCCUGGGCGGGUCUGGGCCCUGCCAGCCCCUGCUCUCCCUGUAGUUGUCUCCUCGGAGCUGCCUGCCCCCACCCCAGGGCCUCGGCUCUGACUCCCCUCCACCUCCCGUCACCUUCCAUUGCCCCCACCCCCUGCCCCCCGGCCACUUCCAAGGUCACGAGGGAGACCUGGGGGGCCUGUGCCGUCUCCCAGGCUGGUGGUACUGGGCUGGCCUUGGCCCUGAAGUGGCCAGGAGGCAGGACAACGGUGGCCCUUCCAUACCUGUUGUAAUCCCUAUCAACUCCUGCUGCUUCUCUGGCCUGGACACGUUGGGGAGCAUCUAAUUCUUCACCCCACUGUCCAGACUGGCCCUGUCCUUCCCUGCAUCAGCUUCGGGUUGGCACCAGCCCUCUGGGCCUGGGAUGUUGCGAGCACCCGCUCAAAAGGGGUCCUGGGCAACCAGGCCUAGCCCCUUGUUGUCUGUGGCUCUGUGGCCACAGCAGCCCCCUUGGGCAGGGGUAUGAGGCUGGCCUUGGCCCUGUGCUGUGUGCUGGGACGGUCACCAGGGCCCCCCUUUCUUCCUAUGCUCUCCAAAAGCGAAGUGUCUGUGACUGAAGCCCAAGGACCAGUGAAUAAAGGCGGGUGGCGCUGGAUCGGCCCCCCUUGGUCUGUCAGGCCCCUGUCCCAGCAGCCCACGCGGGGCUGGAGGUCCAAGGUCACGGUCCGGGCGCCAGAAUCCAGAAAUUUCAUCUGAUCCCUGGGAUCCUCUAGGGGGGGUUCAGGCCUCCUGGGGGGCCGUGGGAGGUGGACGUGGGGCUUUCUGGAGGAGAGAUCGGUUGGGGUGGCUCUAUGCUCUUCAGGGGACCAUCCUCUUAAGGGCAGGGCCCUGCAGGCAGCAGCCUCCCUCUGCAGCCCUGAACCUCCGUGCUGGACCCCGGAGGGAAGUGGCUUCGCUGCUGUUCAGAUGAAGGGGUGGCCGUUGAGCCCCGAGAGAGACCCAAGUGCACUUGACCUUCAAACCUGGAAAGCCCUGGCAGGCCAGGCCCAGAUAAGCCAAACUGGAAUUUAUUUUGGGAACACUGUUUCCUGGAAGAGUAUUCUGGGGCCCUACAGGUGGCUCCAGGAGGCAUCUUCUCCGGUGGGGGGAGGGGGGCUCCCCGGGGAAGGGGCACAGGAAGGACAGGUCAUGCAAUAAACAGCCGCCUUGGCUCGCUGCCAGUGGGCGCUGGCUGGUGCCAGGCCCUGAGCCAAGCCUCUAA